AUGGCAUCAUCAACUCCUGUCAGUAAGAGAGAUUACAUACUCAAAUCGUUUUUUGCUGGUGGUAUUGCUGGUUGUUGUGCGAAAACAACAACUGCACCACUCGAUCGUUUAAAAAUAUUGCUACAAGCCAGAAGUGUAACAUAUUCUCAUCUUGGUAUCGCUGGAGGAUUUAAAGCAAUCUAUCAAAACGAAGGUUGGAAAGGGUAUUACAGAGGUAAUGGCGCCAUGAUGGUUCGAGUCUUUCCAUAUGCCGCAAUCCAAUUUAUGUCUUACGAGCAAUAUAAAAAGGUAUUAUUGUCCAUCCAUGAUGGUCAAGCAAUGAAGUUACUUUCUGGUUCCUUAGCUGGGAUCACUGCUGUUGCAUUUACUUAUCCACUUGAUGUGAUAAGAGCUAGAUUGGCUUAUCAGGUAACUGGUAAAUUGCAGCUAUAUGAUGGUAUACUACACGCUUUUAAGAAAAUAUAUCAGACAGAGGGCGGAAUUAGGGCAUUUUAUAGGGGAUACUUUCCAACAGUACUCGGAAUGAUUCCUUAUGCUGGGUUAUCUUUCUACACUUUUGAAACCCUAAAAUCGCUAUGUUUACAGUAUUUUAUCAACAUCACAACAGUCGUCGAUCAUAAUGGCGAAAAGAGGUUACGAAUACCAGCUAGUCUACUGUGUGGCGGAGUAGCUGGAGCUGUUGCUCAAACUAUAUCUUACCCAUUAGAUGUAGUUAGAAGGCAAAUGCAGCUAGCAGCAAUUAUUCCUGACGGCAAUAACGAAAGGCAAUGGAGAGCGGUGUUAUCUCAUGUAGUUCAAAAGUACGGAAUUGUAGGAGGUUUAUAUCGUGGUAUGAGCAUCAAUUACUACCGUGCAAUACCUCAAGUAGCUGUUUCCUUUGCUACUUACGAAUUAAUGAAGAGGGUUUUAAAAAUUUAG